CUCCAUUGGGAGCUCUCUCCUUGAUUCUAGAGUCAUGUAAAUUAAGAGAGUGGUAUUUUUCUAGGCCAUUGGAGGGUUUUCAGCCAUUUAUACAUUGAAUCUGUGCAACUGCAAAAUGGAAUUCGUUAAAGGACUUGGUUGGUUUUUUGUUUGAGGUUCUUGGCAUGAAAGCUUUGUUUCCUGUGGUGCUUCAGCUUGACUUGCACAUAAGUACCAGCAUUUCGAUCUAGGUUGGGUUCUUGAUGAUGUUUUAAUGGAGUUUUUCUAGUUUGGUUUCCUGUUUUGAACAAAUUGGUAUAAGAUUGGUUCUCUAUGUGGUUUUCUGCAACUUUUUAUUUGUGGGUUUUGAUAACGUUUUAGUGUAAUUUUUCUAGUUUGGUUUCCUGUUUUGAACAAAUUGGUGUAAGAUUGGUUCUUUAGGUGGUUUUCUGCAACUCUUUUUUGGUGGUAGUUUCAUAAGCCUUUGUGGGUAUUCAUAAAUCACAGUGGGUUUCGGGUAUCCUUAUUACAACAAUGGAUACAUGGGCUCACAAGAAGCAUCCCUAUCCUCAAAAUCGUCUGAAAACAGCAGUCCUUGUGCUUAAACUUGCAUUUUUUGUUGUGGGUUUUAUAUCCUUUAUCAAAUUUGGGGUUCCAUCACUCCAGCAGUUCCUAUUCCAGACAAUUCCUUCACUUUGGUCAUCUUUCUCCAGUUGGUUGACCCCUCACUUCCUGUACAUUAUACUCAACUGCAUCAUCCUAACCAUAGCUGUUACUUCAAGCUUGCACCAUAAACCUAAAACAGAAGGGGAUCUUCACGAUUUAGCAUCACGCCAUCAUCAUGUCAAGGAACGGCACCCACCACCACCAGAAGUAAGAUAUCAUCAAUACCAACAUCAUGAUGAGCCUCACGCUCACGCUGCCUUCCAUGAUGAAGGCCCUACUUCAUAUGCGUUGGUCCCUGGAGAAAUCCUUUUUCUGUCAAGUACACCCACUAAGUUUGAGGAUGAUGAUGAUGACUGUAACUACAUUGCCGGAUCCAACUGGUCUGCAGUUCCAGAACAGAGGUCUACUUCAACAUCUUCUUGCAUAACAACUGUUGAGGACAAGCCCCUGGCUUCAGCAAGGUUUACCCACAAGAAAUCUUCCAAGGCAAGCCCAGAUACAAAGACAUCCCCCCUCAGUAGGAUUGCUCGUCCUAAGAAGGGGGAAACACUGGAAUACACAUGGAAGACCAUUACAGAAGGCCGGCAUCCUCCUUUGGCUCGCCAUUUGCGUAAAUCAGAGACAUGGGAGAUUGCCCCAAAAGCAGCAAAUGCAGAGCUUUCUUCUUCUCCAACCCUCAGGAAGUCCCAAACGGUGAGACAGCGUGGGGUGGAGGACUCCCCUGCCUCGUCUGCUUCUGCUUCUCCAGCAAGGCAUGGCAUGAAAAGAGAGCCUUCUCUCAGCCAAGAUGAGCUUAACAGACGUGUGGAGGCCUUCAUUUCUAAGUUCAAUAAUGAGAUAAGGUUGCAGAGGCAAAACUCUUUCAAAAGUUACACUGAGAUGAUUAACCGGAGCAGCCAGUGAGGAAGAACAGGGAGAAACUUUUGGUGUGUUUUACUCAUAUAUUUGAUCUUGUUAGUUUCAUUUGUUUUCUGUGUGUUUUUGUCAGCUCAAGCAGGAAGCCUUAUAGAUUCGCUUUCUUGAGAAUUAGGGCUCUUCUGGUUGUGAAAUUGGAAGCAAAAAACAUAGUUUGGAGUGUUUUUGUUUGGAAGACAGGCGCACCUGAUAUUAGAAAUGGUGGAAAUCUGGAUAAAUUCAUUUAUUGUUUCACUUUUCAAGCUGUAUUUACCAUUGACCAUCAAGUGGGUGGGGUACAGAACACUUUCCCCUGUGUUCACAAGAGCUUGAGUUUUGUGGGGGGAACAUGAUGAGCGUAGAGUCUCCUUUUGUAUAGCCAGAGAGCUUGCUGCAGGAUGCUUCAUGGCCUUGCCUUAGCCAGUGUGUGGAAGCACAAGGGAUUUGCAGAUUUUGCUUGUAAAAUCUCGACCAUUCCUUCUGUAUGCAACUGACAGGAGAUGAGUGUCCGUAGACUACAUAAGGACUUUGAUUCUUGUUAACUUUUAUUGCAAGGAAUCAAUGAUCCAGCUUUUGUGGAUGUGUUACUGCUUACUUAUUUUAGCAGCUUCCAAUUUUAAUACUAAGAAUUUAACUCUGAGGCAAUAACAUUUCUAUGGCCAGUUUUUAACCCAA